AAUGUUGACUACUCAGAGAAGGAAGGAUGCUCAACGAAAAGGAACAAAGUCACAAAGUCGAAAUGAUAAGAAGAGUCCAGAAUCUGAAAAGAAAAGAACUUCUCGUACGGUAAACAAAGAGAAUCGAGAACAGGAAUUAGGCGAAAAGGCGAGACUUGAGGAUGAAAGAUCAGAAAGAUCUCGUUUAAACACGUCAAGGAAAUAUGAAAGCCAUCUUCUUCCUCAUGAUUCCCAGACUUUUCGUAGUAUAAUCGAUACUCAUCGAUUUGAUUUGAUCGAUCAUUUAGUUUGCAAUACAAGCUUUUUGAAUAAUUUAUCACAAUUUGGUUUUAUUGAAAGAGAUGAAAUUGUUAAUUUUGCGAGGUAUAGAGAUAAAACGGUUCAGAACACGCUGCUUUUAGAAGAAUUACAAGCCUCGCAUAAAAAGUAUGGUGAAGAAAGCUAUUCAAAUUUUUUAGAAUGUUUGCGAAGGAGUGAUCAAACUCAACUGGCUGAACGUUUAACAAAUGUUGAACAGGAGGUGAAAAUUGUUGACGAAUAUCAAAAGAUUUUGGAAGAACAUCUUGAUUCCGUUGAUAAAUAUCUUAGCCUUGAGUCAAGGAGGGCGCAAAUCGCCGAAAGAAUACAACCAGGAGCUAAAGUCAGAGCAACACAUCUCGAAACUUCUAGGCAUUCGGAUCGAAAUUCCUUAUCAGAAUUUUUGCACAAAGUGGGUUAUACGACUAAGCUGACCUUGCAUCAGUUCGAAAGGUGUCGGGAAGUAAUUGAUAAAUUACACAGAGAUUGCGAUGAAGUUGCUAAAACUAAUGCUGAAAUGUUGUACAAGUUAAAAGAAUGUGACGAAAUUAUUUCAAGGUCUCUACCUCCUCAUUUAAGGGAAAAGAAAACUGGUAAAGAAUUAGCAAGAAUUACCCCAAGAACUCCAAGGUCGAAGAGAAAUGAGGCCGAACUUUUCAUGGCAUCUAUCAAAUACAAUAUGCGUAAAUUAAAGGUUAAAAGACCUUUAAACUGUAUUCUAAAUGAAUUAAUGCAACCUAUUUUUCAGGAAGACUUGCACAGUCAAGAAGUUGGCCGGAUGCAAUGCGAAAUAAUUGCUGGACAGAUGGAGAGAGAUGUUAAGGAUAGAACACAAAAUCUUAGUAAAUACACUGAACCACCACCAAGGGAUGGUAGAACAGUUAAAUAUCUGUUGAACGUGCCGGAAUUUACCGGUACAAAACCGAACGAACUUAAGAAAAGAUUAGAGGAUCUAGCUAUCGCUUUGCAUUACUAUACAUAUCACGAAGGACAAUUAACUCAUCAAAUGAAUAUAACCAAAUAUAAGAGAAUAAUAUCUCAUAGAAACUUUGACAAAGUCGAUAAAGAUUUAAAAAUACUGCAAUCUCAAUUGAAAAAUAAUGAAAAGGAGAAAGCAAUAGCUACAGCAAGCCAUAUUGUAGACGUCACAAAGUCGGAAAGAGAAGAUUGCUUAAAAAUAUUAAACAAUAUUGAAAAGCACGUUGGAAGUCGUAAACAAAAGUUAUAUGAAGCUAUCACAGAUUCAAAGCCUAUUAGGAGGCGGAAAAAGUCAAAGAACAAUCAGCAAGGCACCGACUCUAAUUUUUCUAAGAGAUUAGCAGAACUUGAUACAGAAGUAGGGGAGUAUAUUGACUUGGAAAUGACUCUGGGUCAGCGCUAUCGAUCCGAAUUAGCCCAUAAAACGCAAGAUUUCAGCGCAAAGAUGAGAAAAAAGGAAAAAUAUAUAAGAGACUCCGAGCGCCGUCUGGUGGCUCUUGAAAAUGAUAAAGAUAAAUAUAAACGGCUGUAUACUAAUGAGAAAUCCUUGAAUGUUUUACAAAAGCCAACUUUAGCUCGAAAAAAAGAUGAUCUUUCGACAGCCCUUAUGGCAUAUGAAGAGCCUCGUAAGGAAACUCCGCCCAAAAGACGACCUAGGAGAAAGAAUAAGGUAAAAGAAGAUAAAGAAAAGGAUGAUUUAUUGGUUGAAAGAAUGACUUUCAAAACGAGACCAAAAAUAGCAAGAAGAGUGAGGAAAAGUAUUGAAAAGAAAGAAGAAGAGGUCCGCGAAAAAGAGUCAAUCGUCAUUUCUCUACCAUCAAUUGAUGUAAAUUAA